UUAAGAUUACCUGGUUGUGAUACACAUUCAGUUGGAUUUCAUUCAGACGAAGGUAGAACAUUUCAUAAUGAAGGGUAUACAGGUUCAAAAUAUGCUGAAAAAUGGGGCAAAGUAAAUGAUGUAAUAGGUUGUGGUUUUUGUCCAAGUACCGGACAAGUCUUUUUUACAAUGAAUGGUAAUCAUUUGGGUUUUGCUUACACCGGAUUAUUUCACACUUGGUAUCCUACAAUUGGUUCUAAUGGUGUUUGUAGUCUGAAGGUUAAUUUUGGUCAAGAAGAAUUUACAUAUAAAGAAGCUAACGAUAUGAACAUUGCUGACUUGAUUUCUUGCUUCUAG